AUGGCCCAGAAUCAAGGGGAGGUUCAAGUGGGAACACCGAAUCAACCCGUGAAAGAUAAGGAUAUUUAUGCUUGCUUGCCCGAAAUUCGUGUGAGUGGUCCGCUAGGACCUGAUGAUCCCUGUCCUGGAGGCGAAGAAUUACGUUGGCUGCCAGCGCAAGCAACAGAUCGAGAUCUUGUUAUGUAUUUACGAGCCGCACGUUCAAUGGCAGCAUUUGCAGGAAUGUGUGAUGGUGGCUCCCCAGAUGAUGGUUGUGUAGCUGCUAGUCGUGAUGAUACUACAAUCAAUGCACUAGAUGUUCUUCAUGACUCUGGUUACGAUCCUGGGCGAGCGCUUCAAGCAUUAGUUAAGUGCCCAGUCCCCAAAGGUAUAGAGAAAAAGUGGUCUGAAGAGGAGACAAAAAGAUUUGUCAAGGGUAUUCGUCAGUUUGGUAAGAAUUUUUUUAAAAUUAAAAAAGAUUUACUACCCCAUAAAGAUACAUCAGAAUUAGUUGAAUUUUAUUAUUUGUGGAAAAAGACUCCUGGUGCUAGCAGUAACCGACCUCAUAGGAGGCGCAGACAAGCAUCAUUGAGACGUGUGCGUAAUACUAGAAACUCUAGAGCAGGAACACCUAAGGAACAAACACCUGAAGCUACUCCGGCUGUGCCUGAUACAAAUGGCUCGAGACCCUCGCCUAAUCCUAAAGAAGCUGGAGAAAUGAGUUCAGUAACGGAGGAUGAAAACUCUGAGGAAGAUAGUGAUUCAAGAGAUGCCGGUGACUUAGCAAAAGUUGAUACUAGUAGAAGCGGUGAUAACCCAGAGGACUCACCAAGCAGAAUGCGUACAAGAAAUAAGUCAAAAGAACAAACAACACCAAAUGGAAGAAAAGGGCAAGAUGAAAGUGAUAAUGAUUCAAAGUGUAAAAAGCCCAAUAAACAAUCUAAUGUACAAAGUACAAAUAAUAAUGUGGCUGAAAAAGUUUUAUCAUCGCCAGCUAAUAAAGAUAAUAAAAAGAAAGUGUCAAAUGGUAAAGUUGAUGUAUCUAAGGUUAAGAAAAGACUACCAGAUGAUACAAAACCAGAAGGUAUUAUGGAUGGUGAUGUACAAAUGAAAAAGAAAAAGGCUAGUGAUCCACCUGAAAGUCCAUCAGAAAGUCUGACAAAUGACAGUUUCUCGGCCAUGGAUGAAACUGAGAAUACUGAACCUGAACCAGAAGCUUGUGACUUUAGCUUCAAUAAAAACGAAAAAGAAAACCCUGAACAAAAUAAAGAACUGGAAUCUGAACAACUUACUAAACCAAUAGAACCUGCAAAGUCAGAUUCCAAUAAUGAGCUUACAAAUAAAAUAGACAAAGAGCCUUUGCCUCCUGUCUUUAAAGUUGUAUCAGAAAAAGAUGAUAGAAGUGUACUUGAUUUGAAAACAGAGUCUAGUGGAUCCAGGAAUGUAGAAAACGCUGAACCUAGAUCUCUUGCAAUAUUCCCGAAAACUGAACUCAUUAUACCUAAAGUUACUCCCAUAUCUACAGAAGUUUUAGAGAAAAUAAAAAUCAAAGAGGAAAUUGAUACAGAAGAACAAACACUUAAUUUACAGAAAGAAGAUUUUCAGAAGGAUCCUCUUUCCCAUAAUUUUACUGGACUUCCUUUAAAUCAACCAAACAAACCUCUUAAUUUGGAAAGCACAAACUUUUUUGUUAAAGACAGUCAUAUUUAUAAUCCCAAACUUAGCCACGGUAUUAAGAUUGAAGGAGUGCCAAAUAAUAUUUUUAAUCCUGUGAACAUUAAAGAAAAUUCAAUUAUCAGAAAUGCUAAAGACUUUGUAAGUGGGAUGCCACCAUUUUCAUAUCCUCCAAACAUGAACUAUCCUGGUGAUCCUAAUAAACACAAUCCUCUUAUUAAUCCAUUAAAGACUGUUAUUAAGUUAGAGCCAAGAGAUGAAACGAGUGAUUUGAAAAAUCAAAAUACUCCCGAAAUCUUUACAGCAACUAUAUCAGCAGCAAAUAAGGUGGACUCGCCUAACACACCGAGGCUGGAUAGCUUACAAAGGAUUAGCCCAUCUCCAACAAAUGCAAGAGGAUCUUCCCCAUCUCAUCUUGAACAUGCAAUUACCACAAGUACUGAGCCUAUAUCACCUGCUAAUACUCAAGAGAUUAAAUCGCAUGAGUCAGAUAUUGAAGACAAACAACCAACUGACUUAAAAACUCAACCAAUACAAGCAAAACAAGAUACUCAAAAUAGUGGGUUGAGACCACCCAUGUUCCCCACACCUGUGAGACCUGAAAAUCUUGGCGUAAGAUCAAGUGAUGCUCAAAGUAUUCCUGUAUCAGGGCAAAGUAUGCCUCCACCAUCUCUGAGUCAACCAUCUAUAACUAGCCUCUUGCCUCCAGGUCCAUUAAUAUCGGUGGGAAGCGGUUCUAAUUUGGGACCCUAUGGAUUUAUGCCUACGCCAUUAUAUGGUCAUCCAGGACAUCCAGGUUUAGAAAAGCCUAGCUCUAUACCACAAAUAAUGCAACAAGUACCUCCAAGUCAUGGGCUUCAAGGAAAUAAUUUGAUACCUCCACCAUCUAAUCAAAGUGAUCCAUCAAUGCCUCAAGACUUAAAGAUAAAACAAGAAGUACCCGACAAUAUGCCAGCUAAUCUAUCCACACAGAAUGUAACAGAUCCACUGCAGUCCCUUAAGGAAGUAAAAGUGCCAGGUUAUCCAAUUGGAAGUGCUAUAGCUCAACAUUUAACCUCAGAAAGAGAUAGAGAAUCAAUAUCAAGUGUUGAAAACAGCAGUAGACCCCCAAGCCAACCAACAAAUGAAAACACAACCAUGGCAAGCGCAUUCCUUGGAUCAAGAAUAGAAAGUAUUAAAAAGGAACCCGAUUUUAUACAUCAACCUCAUAUUUCUCAUAUUCCUGUAUCUUCAAAUCAAGUGAGUGUGUCGGAGUCAUCAAAUGCAAUGGCACCAGUGAAAAGUCCUCAUACACCUACACCCAUAAAAAGCCUGCCCUCCCACAAUGGUACUCCCAGUCAUGGCACACAUCCAUCAGCAACAACAUCACCAUUUUCUCGACAUUUAACAAGUCCAUCACAAUCAAGACAUAUAUCUGCAUCUCCAGUUCAACCAAAUACACCUGUUUCACAUUCAGCACUUAAUUUAAUGAACCCUUCACCAUUAUCUAUACCAUCAACAAUACCUGGCCCAGUAAUGCAUUCAGGUCAACAACCUGGGCCUCAUCCACCGCAUCCAUUUGCAUCCCCUCUUCACCACCCUCAUCAUCCCCUACUUCAUCCAUCCUCAAUAUUUCAACUGUCAGCUGCAGCAGCUGCUCACGCCAUGCAUCCAUACUAUCCUCAUCCACAUCCUGGUUAUUCUAUGCCUUACCCAUAUCCUUAUGGACCAUUGCCCCAACCUCAUCCAAUACCACCGAUGCAUCCCGCCUCAAGUACGCCAGGAAGGCAUGAUCCAGGAAAACCCUCUACAAUAGAAUCAACAACCAUGCUAAGCGCUCAUCACAGUACCAGUUCGUCUGUUACUACAAGGUCAUUAAGAGAGAUUUCUGAAAGUUCUGAAGACCCAAGAAAUCCAAAUGCAACCACAGAAAGGCAUCAAUUGCAUGAAACAACAAUGACCCAUCAUCAUUCAACUAGUCACCAUAGCGCUGUGCAUACAAGUACUGAAAAACAACCGAAUCAUGCAGGAGGGGCCACAAAUCAUACUUUAUCUAUUUCUCAUUCAACGUCAAGCAGUUCAUCGCAGUCUAUACAACAUAAAAUAAAUACCCAACAAAAAUCCAAUUCACAUUCUGGAUCGCCGCAUCAUCUAUCUGCCAGUGUCUCGCAGACUACUAGUACAUCAUCCAGUGUUAAUGUAUCAAAUAAUCAUACUCACCAUCAUUCACAUCACCUCGCUCAUCAUCCCGAGAGAUUAUCGCCUGCAGAUUCUAUGCUAUUACGUCACCACCCAAAAAUGAUGCCAGGAAACCCAAAUCACCUUAUGAUUCAACCACCAUCGAUGGGUCAUCCCAUGGGUUUAGGCUUGCCACCAGGACCUGGGCCUAGUUCAAUUGAGACUUUACGGUUGCACGCCCAAGCUGCAGCGGGAUUGCAAGCAUCGCAUGCAAGAUCUGGCUCACCUCAUCAAAUGGCUCAUGGCCAUCCCCAUUUACGUGGCCCUCAGCGACCAAUGUCAGAUGAAAACCCUGAACUGAAACUUGAAACACAGUCACAACCCGAAGAAGAUGAAAUUCCAAGUCCAGCACACAUUCCUCAUGGACCAAGCCCUGAACCAAAAAUAGAAGAUACGGAAUGUCAUAGAUCACAAUCAGCCAUAUUUUUGAGACAUUGGAACAGAGGCGAUUACAAUUCAUGUACACGAACAGAUUUAAUAUUUAAACCUGUGCCAGAAUCAAAACUUGCACGGAAACGAGAAGAACGAUUACGGAAGCAAGCUGAAAGAGAUAGAGAGGAAAGAGAAAAAAUUGCUCAACAAGCUCACAGAAAAAUAGCAACACCUGAAAAACCAGAUACUAAACCACCAUCAAGAGGUGCUAUUGAAACAAUUACUUCUCCAUAUGAUAGAUUCCCUAGACCACCAGGCUAUCCUGAUACUCCUGCUCUACGACAACUAUCAGAAUAUGCAAGACCACAUGCAGGAUUUAGUCCUGGAAAUUUGCCUCGACAUUGUAUGGAUCCAAUGCUGCAGUACCAACUUAGUUCAAUGUAUGGAGCUGCUGGAGCCAGGGAACGGCUUGAGUUAGAGCACCUUGAACGGGAGAAACGCGACAGAGAAAUAAGAGAACUGCGGGAACGUGAACUUAAUGAUAGAUUGAAAGAAGAACUUUUGAAAAAUAAUGUUGGUCCUAGAGCUCUCGACCCACACUGGUUAGAAAUGCACAGGAGGUAUGGAAUGCCGCCUCCUCCACCGCAGGGCGCUAUUCCAGUUCAAUUCGGGCUUUAUCCUCCUGGACACGGGCCUGCAUCACUUUCUCAACUUGAACGCGAGCGGCUCGAACGACUAGGCAUCCCACCGUCAGCGGCAGGUGGGCCGCCGCCCAACGUCCCUGUGACGGGGGCGCCGCCACACCAUCCACAUCAUCCGCAUCCUGGGGUUGCGGCUGCUCAACUGGAGGCGGCUGAGAGGCUAGCACUCGCUGCAGAUCCAAUGGUGCGACUACAAAUGGCUGGAAUCAACCCAGAAUACCACGCGCACACUCAUGCGCACACACACGCGCAUUCACAUACUCACCUCCAUCUCCAUCCUGGCCAACAGGCGGCGGCACAGGCACAACAGGAUGCCCUGGGUCUUGGGCUUGGAGCCGGUGCGCCCUACCGGCCGCUGCCUCAUCCGGACCUGCUGGGCAGGCCGUACGCUGAGCAGUUGGCGCAGCAAGCGGCGGCCCAUGAGCAACUUCAAAGGCAGCUUCUUCUGGAGCGGGAACGAGGCUUUCUGCAUCCAGCCCAUCACGAAGACUUCCUGCGCCAGCAGCGAGAGCGCGAACUGAAGAGCACUAUUGAACUACGAUGCGAGGUGACACCGGCGCCAUUCAUUAUGCGACCAUACGCCGGCCUCUACAACCCGUUCUCACACGCGUGCUCCAUUCUUUGCAACCACCCCGCCGAUAUCGAAGCCAAAGAGUUUGUCAAGCGUGCUAAAGAUGCUUGGGCUUUAGAAGGAAAAACUCAUAAUUUUCAAGAGGACUUAAGUAAAAUUCAAGAUCAAUGUGACAAGGAGAAAAGUAGAACCCCACAUGACAUCGUAACUGAGGACAUGUUUAGAAGGUACACGGAGACAGAUUCAAGACCACUCACACCGGCACCAACGCUUGCGAGCGGCAAGUCCAGAGGGUCGCGGAGGUGUCUGACGCCAGAUCAACCACACCAGAGAACCACCAUCGUUCUUGAUCUGCGCCGAAGUCAUAGCCAGGAAACAUUGUACUACUACCACGGCCACGGCACAUCAGAAAUGACGACUGGCCACAGUGCCACCAACGAGCGUUCGACUCUACCAUCCUUGAACCUGUCUGAAAGCGGACAUCAACGGCUCAGGACGGGACAAUGCGAGCAGCUGCCCCCGCUAGCGUCGCCAUUGGUAUUGGCUAUAAGAAACUCACCUGCCAGAGAACCGCAAAGUGUGAGAACAGCUAGAAAGAAGAAGACAAAAGAAUUUAAAACUUUGGCUAAAGAAAAUUGUGCUGCAACAAAACACAAAGGUGCUAAGCAUGAAAUGUUAUCAAAACUGUCGUCGGGAGUACGACAAUCACCUUGCGAUUGUAAUUCGAUUCAUUUGUCAAGAAUAGUAAUAGAUUACGGAUCAAAUAAAAGAAAAAGAGUAGCUUCAACCGUGACUAUGCCUGCAUCAAAUCCAAACAAGAAAAUGAAACUCCCGAACAUGCAGAUAAAAAGAAAAGUGAUUAAUAAGCAAAAAGGUGUUACUUUUGAGAAAGAAGAGUUCUUUUAUAACCUUGAGAACCAACUAAAAGCUUUAAAUUUAAGCAAGACAGUCAAAAAUAAAAACAAAAGCGAAGCGCCGGCAUCUCAGCGUUCGAAGGACGAUAAGGACAGCAAUGAUACAAAUUUAGCCGAUCAAGGAAAUGCAGAGGAUAUUGAAGGCGGAGAAAUUCGACGAAGAGGUAAACGGCGUCGUAAAGUCCGUGGUGGUGGCAGCGAUCGAUUAACUUCGGCUGGUCUCGCCGCACAGGCACAACAGGAUCCUGAAACUCAAAUCGCGGGCAUAGGCACGGACUCUCACAAUGCCAGUUCUCGUGGAUCUAUAGCUGUAGCGGAAGAAGCACCACUACCGCCGAUAAUGAAGCCAGUUGCCACCUCCAUUACGGAUUCCUUCAUUGAUGAUGAUAUUUUGAAAUAUUUACAUAGAGAAGUCGAUGAAGAGGCUAUUGAAACUGAGUUUGAUACCAAGGAUAUUGAAGAAGGAUUAAUCCUAAUGAUGGGCGGAACGUUAAGUAUGGACCAGGCGACUCAAUUCAAAUCCUUAAUGGAAUGGGACUCCUAUAAGGAGGAGGAUAACAUUACCGACGAUAUCAAGUUGGCACUACUUGAUAAAGGAUAUAAGGAUCAUUUUCCUUCAGCGGACGGUGAUACAGGAGAUAGUGCUUUGAAUACACUAAAAUAUCGCACCUGGUGUGGCUUGUGUGCAAUUUGUGAGCGUAUGUAUGGAAGAUUCCCCACCAGAGAAAAGGAUCCACCUGAUGGGAUGGAGUUAACCGACUUCACAAUGAUAGAAACAAAGUUGGCUGUGUUAAGAGUGCGGAGUAGUCUGGCGGAAAUAUUAAACAUUAUAAGAAUACGUUAA